CAGGCAGCCAGCGGGGCUCUUUGACUGAGGUGUCCCUGCCGAGGCCACUGCUUCAGUGCCUGGCCUAAGAGGUGCCCUUCACCCAUCACCUCAGGCAUCUACCCCUCCAGGAGCCCAGCACUGCAGGCACGAGGGGGAUGUUCUCAUCCAGUCUCCCCCAAACCUUCCUUCUGACUCCGACUGUGGAGGCCCUCUCCGCCUCCCACUCCCUUGCCGAACUCUCUAAUCCACUGUGGACGGCUGUAAAACCCCAAAGACCCCACAUACUCCCUCUCCCUAGAACCUUUCCCUGGCUCCUCUGUGGCCCAGGACAAAGCCCACACCUCUCAGUCAGGCCCCCCAGGGGCCCCGCUGAGGGCUAAAGUGCUGAUAGAGGAGCUGCUCCCCAACUCCAAGGGCAAAUUCUCACCAAGCGCUCCUCACCCCUGCGACGCUUUGCCUGUGACACUUCAGAUGAUGAGGCUUACCUGGGCUGCUUACACGAAGCUGGGCACAUGCUGGGCUGUGAGCAGGGAGACUGACUCCAAGUUUUCUGUGCUGAUGGGGGUCACGGACUCACGUGGGGAGAGAUGACAUUUAUCCAACAAGCCUUUGCUGAGCACCCACGGGGCGUCAGACCCAGAAUGCCCUGAUAGCUGUGGGAGGCGCCUCUGAUCCCAGCCACCAGGUUGUUACUAUAGACUUAAUUUAACCAUCUGUCUUUGGUAUCCAGUGCUCAACUCUUAAAACGUGAGGUGGUUCAGGGAGCCAACCAGAGGCCAGGCCCUGGGAGGUGGAGGAGGUGAGAGCCUCACACCUGUGCUCUGUCUGAUAGGCCCAGGCCUGGCUUGGGGGACCUUGGCCUAAAGAGACUCUCUUCACUGGAGCAUGGGAAGAGGCCGAGCACACAUAGCUGGCCUUGCCACAGGCCCGGAACUUUGGCUCAAGGACGAGAACACCUAUAAAGCCAGGUCCAGCUGUCGACCUCACACCUGCGACAAUGCUGCCACUCAGCCUGACCCUUAGCCUGGUCUUCCUCGGCUCCUCCUGGGGACAGCAGUGGCUUCCAAUUCUGUGGUGGUUCUCUCAUCAGCCAGUCCUGGGUGGUCACUGCGGCCCACUGCAAUGUCAGGUGAGCACCUGCGCUCCCCCUGCCCCGCCCCAGCCCACCUCCUUCCCCUGGAUGCCCUUCCUCUCUGCCCUACCUGAGGCUGCCAGCCCGACUCUCCCCACAGCCCUGGCCGCCACUUUGUCGUUCUGGGUGAGUACGACCGAUCCUCCAGUGCUGAGACUGUGCAGUGUAGGUGGGUGGGCUCUGGGAACAAGGAAUUCAGGGCAUGCCCUGGCCUCCCCACUCAGCACCCAUCAACCCCGGCUGCCUGUGCCCAGGGCAGCCCUACCCAGUCUCCUUCUGGCCCCACAGGCCAUCAUGCACCCCAGCUGGAACCCCACCACUAUGAACGAUGACCUGACACUACUGAAGCUCGCCUCGCCAGCCAAGUACACAGCACGCAUCUCACCAGUUUGCCUGGCAUCCUCAAAUGAGGUGCUGACAGCAGGCCUCACAUGUGUCACCACUGGCUGGGGCCACCUCAGUGGUGUGGGCAAUGUGACACCCACACGUCUGCAGCAGGUGGCUCUGCCCCUGGUCACUGUGAAUCACUGCCAGCAGUACUUGGGCUCAUGUAUCACAGACUCCAUGAUCUGUGCGGGUGGCUCAGGUGCCUCCUCAUGCCAGGGUGACUCCGGAGGCCCUCUUGUCUGCCAGACGGAAAACACGUGGGUGCUUAUUGGUGUUGUGUCCUGGGGCAGCAGCAACUGCAACGUGCGUGCACCUGCCAUGUACACUCGGGUUAGCAAGUUCAGCACCUGGAUCGACAAGGUCAUAGCCUACAACUGAGCCCACCACAGGCCCCCCUCCCCAUCUCAAUCUGAUAAAGACCCCAGGCUGUGUCCUCUCGUG